GCACAAUAACUUGUACGGUGGAAACCAAUAUGAAGAAUUGUGAAAUGGAGAGAAUCAACAAAGAGUUGUUCAAUGUGGCCAUGAAAGGCGAAUGGAAUGAAGUAAUAAGGGUUUACGAGCAAAACUACAGAGCGCAUAAGGCUAAGAUCACCAAGUCAGGUGACACGGCACUUCACAUAGCCGUCUCUGACUGCCAAGAAGAAGUAGUGGAACUGCUGGUACGACGUGUCGUUUCCAAUUCUAUAACAGUGCUCGCUAUUCAAAACGACAGAGGGAACACUCCUCUCCAUCUGGCAGCCUCAAUGGGGUACGUCAGAAUGUGUCAUUGUAUAGCCAAAGUUGAUCCCUUGUUGGUUGGUGUUCGUAACCAUAACAGCGAGACUCCUCUGUUUUUGGCCGCUCUAAGAGGAAAAAAAGAAUCUUUUCUCUGUCUGCAUUACCUAAGUACGGCCACCGCUCACGACGGCUCCUUUUGCCGUAGGCGCGACGGUCAGACCGUUCUUCAUUCUGCAAUAGCAGGAGAGUACUUCGAUUUGGCAUUUCAGAUAAUUCAGUUGUACCCGAAACUAGUCAACUCCGUCGAUGAGCAUGGACUUUCUCCUCUCCAUAUUUUGGCAAGUAAGCCAUUUGCCUUUAAAAGUGGUAGCAACCUUGGUCAUUGGCACAACCUCAUUUCCCAUUGGACGUUUGUGGAUGAGCUGAAGCCAGAAUCUGAAGAUCGCAUAACUUUAUUGUUGAAAAGAUUAGAUAAUGAAGAGAAACAAAGCUAUCCAGACAAUUACAAAACUUGCGUUAAUUUUGCUCAACUUCUGACGAAUGCAAUUGAAGUUGUAACAGUUAAAAAGGAUGCACAUCAAGGACGUACACGAGCUGGUGGAGAGAGUCUUGGAGGAUCCAAUGCUAUCACCAUAGAACAAAAGGCUGGAUCUCAAAGUGACCGCUUAAUAUUUCCACCUAAUUACGCCACCUGCUUCAACCUUUUCCAGACUGUAUGCAAGGCCUUGCUGGUCAUUCUUGGAUUAGGGUCUAGAAUGAUUAAAAGAAUAAAGGAAAAGAAAGAGAAGCAUGUGUGGUCGGUUCAAAUCAUGAAUGAACUUCUUAAACAUGCCUCUAUGUACGAGUACGAAAACACUGGAGCGAGUCCACAGGCAGUAGUGCCACCCCACAAAGAAGAUGGUGAGACCGAGCCUUAUGAGAUUGCUGAGGAUGGAGAUGCCACUUUUGCUGCUGAUACCAUAAUCGGUUCAACCACUUCUUCUAUUGAUGAUGAUACUUCUCUCAAACUAAAUAAUCCAAAUGGGAAUGAUAAAGGAACCAACGUUAAUGCUACAGAUGAGGAGAAUGAAACAGCUAUAUUAAUUGCAGCUAAAAAUGGUGUGACUGAAUUGGUGGAGAAAAUCCUUGAGCUUUUUCCAGUGGCUAUCCACGACACGAACGCUGAGAAAAAGAAUAUAGUAUUACUAGCAGUGGAGCAUCGACAACCGCACGUGUACAAGAUGUUGUUGAAGAGGAAAAUCUUGAAAGACAGUGUGUUUCAACAAGUGGACAACAAAGGGAACAGUGCGUUGCAUCUUGCUGCCAUGUUGGGAGACUAUAAACCUUGGCUAAUCCCAGGCGCUGCUCUUCAAAUGCAAUGGGAAAUCAAAUGGUAUGAGUAUGUGAAAAGGUCUAUGCCAGCGAACUUUUUUGUGCGCUACAACCACUCUAGCAAGACAGCAAAGGACAUUUUCACCGAAACACACAGGGGUCUCCUCAAGGCCGGUGGAGAAUGGUUGACAAGCACUUCACAGUCGUGCUCGGUGGUGGCUGCUCUUAUUGCCACCGUUGCUUUCGCUACGUCCACCACUGUCCCGGGAGGCAACAACGAGAUCAGUGGUAGACCAACCCUGGAAGAUAAGCCGGCUUUUGAGGUUUUCGCGAUAGCUUCGCUUGUGGCCUUGUGUUUCUCAGUUACCUCAGUGGUCAUGUUCCUAGCAAUACUCACCUCUCGGUACCAAGAACGAGAUUUUGGAGGUGAUCUGCCGAGAAAGCUGUUGAUGGGGUUAACAUCUUUGUUUGUGUCUAUUGCUUCUAUGUUGGUUUCUUUCUGUGCUGGUCAUUUCUUUGUUCUUCAAGAGAAACUCAAGUAUGCAGCAUUUCCCGUGUAUGCCAUUACAUGCUUGCCUGUAUCUUUAUUUGCUCUUGCUCAAUUUCCACUCUAUUUUGACCUUAUAUGGGCAAACUUUAAGAAGGUCCCUCAGCGUAGUUACAAGGUUGCCUUUGCCCCUUACUAAUACUAUGAAAUGGAUCCAACAAUAAUGUCUUCCUUAAUGGUCUCUUUGACUUGUUUCCUGGUAGCUCAUUUUCUCUUUAAUAAAAGAUGGAAUGGAAGGUUAUGGUAUGUUUCACGAUGUCUUUUCUUCU